AUGGAUUGUGGUCAAAGUAUAACCCUCUUAGUACAAUAGCUUAGAUAGGAAAGUAUGGAUUAUUCGAUAGCCACUGCUUUCAUUUGCAUAAUGCAAUUGAUUAGUAUUCAUAUAGUUUAAAUCUAAUUUAUUAUGAUUGUUUCGACUCUGUUUCAAGGAAAAUAAUAAAAACAAUUUUAUUUAUCAAUAACUUGGAUUAACAGAAUAGAUUUACAUUUGAAAUCGAUCCAUUUGACUAUGAAAACACUUGGUAUUACAUACAACUAAUAGCAUGGCCAUCAUAGGAUAUAUUCAAAUUAAUAUUCAUUAAAAGAUAGGAUGUUUAAUUGUAAACAAAUAAUUAAAUGAAAUACCCCUUCAAAGAUGAAAACUUAAUACUAUCAUUUGGAGGUGGUUUUAUAGUACGUAAUUCGAAGAUUAUUGAUCUAAAAUAAGGCGAAAUAUUCUCAUAUUUUCCAGGUACUAUUAUUUUGCAAGAUUUUUCAACCUAAACCUUAACAAUUGAUUUUGAUUUUAUCCAUAUUGCAAACCAAGCAUACCAAUAAUUUGAGUAAUGCGUUUGUUAAUCAAACGAGAUAUUCUUGAUUGGAGAUAAGGAUCUUAAAGAUUAAGAUUAGGAUAUCUAUAUUUCAGAUAAUAUCAAUUGUGAUUCAUUUAUAAUUCUAGGAUGGAUUAAAAUUAAAGAAAUUAUAAAUUCCUCUGGACUACUCAGUUAUUAGUCAUUAAAAGUAUCUGCAAAUUUAUAGAACCCAAUAUUUCAGAAUCAAAAUUUAUCUCCCUUCUAACUACUUUAUCAUAUGACCACAUUACAAAAUGAAAUAGAAGUUACCACAUAUAGUUAUAAUUUUCCAGAUAUAUCUAUUGACUUUUCAGAUGAUCCUUUCCUAAUAAAGAAAAUGUUGCUUAUUACAAAUAAUAUUUUGCUAUGGCAUUAUCUCAAAGUUGAAUUAUAGGACAAUAAGAUAAAUGUGGAAAUUACCUUUUAUGAAGGUUUUGAAAUAUUUUCAUAUUAUGCUAAAUUUGAGGUUCAUUAAUUUCAUAAUUGUUAAUUAAAAAUUUAAUUUGGUAAUUGCUUGUAAACUCAAAGUAAUUAUUUAAAUACUCAAAUGAAAGAUUUGCAGUUUUUUAAUUGUUAUAAAAAACUUACAACAUAAAUUUGUCAUUACAGUUGUUAUGAAUGCGAUGGUCCAACUAAUCAAAAUUGUUUGUCUUGUUCGAUUGAAUCUCAGAGAAUCUAUAUUCCAUAACAUAAAGUCUGCAUUUGUCCAUUUAAUACAAUAGAUAAUCAAAAUAAAUGCUAAACCUAUAAAGAUUCAAAUCUUAGAGUGAUUCAAGAUGAAAAUCUUAAUUUUGAUAAGAAAUGUAAAUACGGAUUUUUUGAGUUGGAUGGAGAUUGUAUAUAAUGGUAUAAAAUCAAUUAGCAUUUAGUCCUUCAAUGAUUAAGAAAGAUUUUCUUAGUUGUGUAGAAUGUCUGAACAACCCUAAGUCAUGGUUUUAGUAUCCAAUUUGUCAAAAAUCUUUAGUGAUAAAACCAAAUACUAACUAUUAUGAGGCAUCAGUAGAAUUUGGUGAUGUCCAGUAUUACUAUGAUGGGAUAUAACUCAAUCCUAUUCAUUAUACUUAUUCAUUUAGCUAUGAAACUGACAUUAAAAAUAUUACAAAUAUUUUCAAAGAAUUCUAUUUGGCUUAAAACUAUUUUAGACAAUUUUGCUAAUAAAUGGAUUUUGCUGAAACUGAUUAAUACAUCUGCUAUGAAUGCUUUCUUUUUAAUUGUUAAUUUUGUUAAGUUACUCCUACUACUUUUAUUUGUGUAAAGUGUUAUGGUGAUUAUAAAUUAAUAGAUGGUGAAUGUAUAUUUUCAGCUGAAAUUAAAGCAAGAUCAAAACCCAUUUGUUUACCACCAUAUUAUUAUUCAUUUGAAAACUAUUGCAAAAUAUGUGAAAUCAAAAAUUGCAUUUACUGUUUUGAAUAUUCUACUGAUAAUUUACAAUUUUGCUCAUUAGUAGAUGUAUAGAAUAUGAAUUUAAAAUUCUAACAAAAAAUUAGAACAGGUUGUGCACUUUGUGAGGAAAACUUCAUUUUCGAUUUCACUUUAGAAAUAUGCUUAAAUUAAAUCCCCUAGAUUAAAAAUUGUCAAAGAUCUUAUAUCAGUUUAUUGAGUAAGGAAGAAUGUGUUUCAUCAAUGAUUGGUGACUUCUCUAUUGCACCAGAGAUAUCUAAUUGUUAGGAUUAUAUUGAUAACUGUCGAACAUGCUCAAUAAAUGUAGAUCAAUAAAUCAAAUGUGUUGUUUGUUAAGAUAAAUUCAUGAUCCAAAAUGACUAAUGCUAUUAAAAUGAAGAGUUUGAUCCAUAGAAAAUCUCAAUCUACAAUUAAACAAACAAGAUCCAAAGUUUUGUUCUUUAAUUUGUUCCAAAAUUGAGAUAAUAUGUUUAUAAUAAAUUUUUAAAUUAAUCUAAACCCAUAACUUGUGACCCUGAUUGUAUUUUAUGUGAUUAGAUUACUACUUAUUGUAAACAAUGUCCAUUGAAUUAUUACAAAAAAUAUAUUAUAACUAUGCCAAACAAAAUGUGUUUGUAAUGUCAUCCACUAUGUUAAGUGUGUUUACAACGAUCAAAUAAAGAUAUUGAAGUAAGAAAAUAAAACAUAAUGAAUAGCUUGACUUUCCUAGCUUAAUUGUUGAUAAUCAAAACUAAAUCUAUACUAAGAAAUGUAUUAAACCUUACUAUGAUCCUUCCUUUUCUUAUGACCCUUACUUAUAAAGUGUGAGGUAUUGUUUAACUAAAGAUUGCAAAGAUCAUUUUUUCUUAGAUAUUCCAUAUUAAUCAUGUGAUUUUUCAAGAUUUAAUAGAUUUUAUGAGUCAAAAAUCAAUACAGAUUAUUGCAAUUAAAUUGGAAUAGAAAUCUUGUCUAUUGAACUAGUAUUAAAUAUCUCAGACUAAUAAUGUUUUCUAAUUCUUCCAUUCACUAUUCAAACUGAAUUAAAAAAAAAAGUUUUUAGUUUAAAAAGAGUCAAUUUUAAAUUCUCAUCACAAAAAUAUUUAGAAAUUACAUCAUUUACUUCUAAUCCUUUCAACAAUUUUGAUUAAGUUGAGUUUAGCAAUUUAGGAUUUGUAAUUGAUUCAGAUUAGCAUUUUAUCUUUUAUAAUAAUAAUAACUAAUUUGAUUUGAUCCUUAAAAAUUUUACCAUAAAUUAGAGUAUACUUUAGAAUAUUGAUUCAUUAUUUUAAACAGAAGUUUUUGGCAAUAUAACUUUGAAUAAUAUUACUAUAAUAGACACUAUCUUUAUCAAUUCCUCAUUGUUUAAUUUAAAAUCAUUUUAAAUGUUGGGAUCAAUUAUAAUAACAAAUUUAUAAAUUAAAAAUUGUACGUUUAUAGAAUCGGCAUUCUUUAAAUUAUCUUAAAUUGAAUCCUUAUUAUCCUAUAAAUAUCUCUAUAUGGAGUAAUGCAAAUUAACAAAAUCAUCAAUAUUUAGUUUUGAGAGCAAUCAUCCAAACUAAAGAACUUUAAUUGGAUUGAAUACAAUGAUAAUAAAUAAUAAAUUUUACAAUUCCUACUUGAUAAAUAGUACUUUUUUAAUUGAAGUAAGUUUAUUCAAUUUUCAAUUGAGUUUGAACCUUAUGGACAACUCUAUUAUGAUAUAGAUUAAUUAUAAUAUUGCAAUGAGUUUGAUAAGUAUUUAUCAAAAUAUAUUUGUUUUUUCUUAAUUUUUAUCAAUUAAUUAGAUAUAAUUAAGGAAUCAUAUUUAAUGUAAUAUUACAAGUUUCGAAGCUAUUCAAAAUUAAUUUUAAGGAUCCAACUUAAUUUUAAUAUUUUCAACUUUAUCAACAAAUUACCUCUUAAUUCAAUUUUACUAAUUCAAAAUAUUAAAUAAUAGCAGAUGUUCUAGUCAUAAUGAAAGCAAUCAAUUAUUUUGCAUAAAUAGUUAAGAAAUUCACAUAUCAAAUUUUAUUAUAAGUGAUAAUGACGAUUUGAUGAUAUUUUAAUUGUCUGAAAAUAAGAACAUACUUAUCUCGAAUAUAAUAUUUUAGAACACAAUCCAGAAUUUUAAAAUUCCUUUAUCAUAGGCGUGUUUAACCACAAACAAGAAAAAUAAUUUCCUUUAUGUUUCUGGAUUUACUACUAUUUAAAUCAAGAAUUUACACAUCUCGAAAAUUGUGAGUGUUGACGAACCAUUAAUUUAGAUCAAUCCAAGUUAUUAAAAUUUAUCAUAUGGUAUGAGUUAGGUUGAGAUGGUUAAUAUUACAUUUACUCAAAACAUUCUCAUCUAAUCAACCUUAGUUAAUCAAAUUUCUAUGUUAAUAAUAUAAUCAGAAUAUAGAGAGAGCAUUCUACUAGAAAAUAUUUUAUAUGAAGAAAACUUUCUACAUUCUUAUUCCAGUAGUGCGGUAAUGACAACAGUCAGCUUAUUAUACAUUUAAUCUUAAUUAAGUUAACUAAAAGUAGAGAAUUUUCAUAGUAAAAAUAAUGCACUCACUAAUUCUUCAAAUUCCUUAAUAACAAUAAUGUCAGCUCAUGUUAUGCUAUCUAAGUUUUCAAUUAAUAACCACAAUUUUAUAUCAUAAGAUUUGUGGGUUAAUUAUUAUGAACUUUAAUUCAAAGACAAUCUUAAUUAAGAUAAUUUAAAUGAAAUCGUUUUCUAAAUUUUAUAGAUAAAGAAUAUUGGAGGAGCAGGAUCAUUUUUAGUUUAAAGUUUAUCUUGCAUAGAUUGCUCAUUUUCUAAAAUUCUUGCAGCUUAAAGCUUAAUUUUUGAAAUCACUACUACAGAAGCAGGUUAUAUAGAUUUAUAAAAUAUUACAAUAGAUCAAGUGGAAAAUAAUCUCUAAUCAACUGAAAAAGGCUCAGGGUGCUUUAGCAUUUAUUCAUCAAAUAGUAAAUUAAAUCUUAGGUUGGUAAAUGCUUUUUUAUCAAACAUUUUUAAUAGGAUGGCUUCUUUGAUACUUACUAUUACUCCUUCAAAAUCACAAAAUAUCAUUUUAUUAUAAGAUACAAAUAUAUUAAAUUGUGUUUCAUUGAUAAAUUAAAUAAUAAAUGUAUAAUUUUCAUCAUUGAUAGCUAUUAAAAAUAUAGUAACUAUAAAAAAUAUACGAAUUAUUUAAAAUUAGUAAGUAUGGAUUGACUAUUUUACUAAAGUUCGGGAUUUAUUCACUUAAGAAGUUACAGAAACCAUAAAUAAUUAAAAUUCUUUAAUUUCAUUUCAAAAUUGCAUUAUCUUGAUUGAAGACUUUGUCAUUGAAGGGAUCAUCAUUAAUUCUAUUUUCUAUUUUGUGAAUUUACCAAAACUAAAAUUAAACAAUGUUAAAUUGGACAAAAUCUCAGUAUUGUAUUCAUUCAAUCUAAUUUCAGUUAUGUAAUUAUAACAAAUAAAAUCUAUGAUUGUUAUUGAAAAUCUAAGUAUCAAAAAUAUUUAGCUGUAUUAAAAUAAUUUGACAUCUUACUUAACCUACUCUUAAAUCAUGUACAAAAUACGAGGAUGUAAAAUAGUUUAACAAUUUAAUUAGACUUUUUAACAAGGUUAUUUUUAAUCUUAUGUUAAUUCUAUUCAAUAGAAUGAUAAUAAAGAAGGAGGCUCAUUCAUUUAUAUUAAAAGUAUUUCAAAUUCAAAUGGAAUCUACUUUCAAGAUAUUACUUUUGAGCAUAAUAAUUGUUAAUAGUGUUAAAAUGGCUUAGUCUUUUUUGAAUUAUCAAAUAUUCAAUUUAUUAAGCUUGAUAACUUUAAUUGCAAUUAUAAUAAAAUCAAUAAGUUUGGAUGUCUACAUUUCUCAUCGAAUACCUAUUAUAAAUAAAAAGUAUUGAUUAAAAAUUCUAAUUUCCUUUUCAAUAAUGGGACUCAAGGUAUUGGUAUAUUUACAUAAAAAGUGAGUCUAUCCAUUAAACAAUGCAAACUGAUUAAAAACAAAGCCUAGGAUUUUGGAGGUGGUUUAUAUAUGGAAAUUGAUUCUGCUGACUUGAUUGUAAAUAGAUCAAUCAUUAUUGCAAAUAUAGCUAGAAUAGGAGGCGGUAUAUAUUUUGAGGGUAACUGCAAUCUAAAUAAAAAUAAUUUUGUAUAGUCCUAGGUACUUUUCAAUAGUGCUUAAGAAUAUGGAAAUAACGUUAGAGAGAACCCAACACAUUUAGCUUUUUAUAUCAAUUAAAUGGAGAAUCCUUCAUAUUCUGUAACUAAUAACAAUUAGUCGAUAAAUAUAUUGAAUUUAAAAACAUACCGAAUGAUUGAAUAAGGUCGUUAAAUUGUCAUGAAAGACUUAUUGAUUCCAAGUAAUUAAGUGAUAAAACCUUUUUAAAUUUUUGACAUUCGCUAAUCAAAAUAUCUGCCAUUUAUUAAAGAUAUUAGUUUAACUUAUAAAAACAGCAGAAACGAAAUAAUGCAUAAUUUUAUCAAUUCAACUUGCAUAGUUAAGGGUAAGAGAAUAACUUCAGACAAAAAUAAGAUUAUAGACAAAGAGGUUCAGAAAAUUUUGAUUUUUGAUAUUCAAACUAAUUCUUUCGAUUUUGGAUCAUUAUCAUUUAGUUUGGAUCCAUAUAAAUUAGAUUAUCACUAUUUAUAAAUAGAUAUCAGUUGUUCACUAAAAGGAUAAUAAGAUACUUUAAAAUAUAGGAUAUAUGCAAAGAGUCUAAAAUGUCAGCUUGGUGAAUUUUACGUUGAUAAUGGUUGUCAAAUCUGUUAAUCAAAUUAGGGGUAUUAUUCAGUUACAUACAAUGCUACAAAGUGUUCUAUUUUUGAUAAAGGCAAGUACUCGAAUAUUACUUCAAAUAUGAUUGAAUUACUUCCAGGAGUUUGGAGACCUAAUAAUUAUUCUGAUUAUGUAGAACCUUGUUUCAAAAAUGAAUUCUUUUGUAUCGGUGGAUGGUAGGUUGGAGAUCACAUAUGUAGUGUUGGACACAUAGGGGCAUUAUGUGAAGAAUGUGAUAUAUAUGGUAUAAGAGGAUAAGGUAAUUUUUAUAAAAACUAAUGGGACUAAAAUUGCAGAGAAUGCUAAUUUGAUUGGACCAGCAUAUUUCCAACUAUGAUAAUAUGUCUAUGGUAUAAUGGUUGUUAUUAAUUGUAGGACGUAUAUAUCGAUCUCGAUGUCUUUAAGAAGUAUCUCUAAAUCUAAUCAACUAUAUUCAUAACUCAUAAUUGCAUAAAGAUUUAGCAAAAUAUUGUUUAAACUAAAUUAAGGUAAAUAAAUUAGUAAAUGUUAGAUCAGGAGAGUAUAUAAUUAAAAAUGUUGAUAAAUUAUUUGUGGAUCUAUUCAGUUAUCUUUACAUUUAACAUCAGAUUUUCAUUUUCACUUCUUUUUAUAGAAUAAACUAGUGACACUUCAUAUUUCAUAGCCAAAGAUUUAGACUGUUAUAUAUCUUCGAUUCAAAGUAUUCCUAUAGUAUAAUUAAAAAUAUUCACAAUGCUAAUAUUGAUGAUUAUUCUAUUUAAUCUCAUUAUUGCAGGAUAAUAUUUGCAUACACUAAUAACCAAACAAAGGUAUGAUAUAAGUAUCCUCUCAAAUAGUGCACUCUAUUUAUAUGUAUUUAACUAUGCAGGAUUGAUUAAAAUGUACAUAUUUAAAAUAUGAAAAGAUUCUCAUCUGUACUUUCGAAACGAGAAGUAUCAAAUCAAAAUUACAUUUAAGGAGAUGUAUCAUUGAAAUAUGGUUCUUAAGUUCAUUUAAAGUGGGUUUAUUAUUUUAUUAUUCCUGGAAUAUUUAUAAUUGGAAUACUCAUUCCUAUUUUAAUUUUUAUUCUGUUGAGGCUAAAUAGAUAAAAAUUAGAUAAAAUUAAGUUAAGAAAACAUAUUUGCUAUUUGUUGAAUGAAUAUAAAUAAGAAAGGUAUUACUGGGAAUUGAUCAAACUAUUUAAGAAAUCUGUCAUAAUUUUUAUAAUGACGAACUUUGAAACUGAGAUUGUCUUAAAAGCAUCAUUAUUAGGAUUGUGCUUGUUAAUAUAUGAAAUCUUGGCAAUUUUCCAUUAGCCAUUCAAUUUAUAAAAAUAUAAUUCAUUAGACUUAUAAACAGCUCAGAUUUGCUCAAUCUCUAUUUUCUUAGCACUAACCAAAACUAUUUGUGAACAAAAGAAUUAUAUCUCCCCUUCUAUUAUGAUUCAAAUUUUUAUUAUUGGAUGCUUUAUAAAACUUUGUUAUCCAUUUAUUUUUGGUAUUGCAAGAAGCUAUGUCAAGAAGUAUUAAUUCUUUUAUUUGAAUAAAUUGCAUUUUUUUCUUAUUUCGAAAGUACCAAAUUUAUAUUUCGCCUAAAUUUUGGGAAGGUCUUUGGAAAGAGAAAAAUUAAAAUAAUAAAAAUUAAAAAGUAAUUUUACCAAAUUGAAAAACCAUUUAAUCUUUUUAUCUAGAGUACAAUUAAGAAAUUCAAAGUAAAUAUUGACAAAUAUAACUUGUGGAUACCUAAUAUCACCAUAAAGUUCAAGAAUUUUAAGUACAAAAUCAAGCAGAAUAGGGGUUGAAAAAUUAUUUUUUAAUAAUGUUGAAGAAUAUGAAAAUAAUAAAAAAUGA